UACUAUUGACAUUCUAUUAAUGAUCUGUGGACAAAAUCGAUUUUCCCUGCUUUUAGUACCUAUAUAAUCUAAUUGCCUCAUUAGCAAAAUGUAGGCAUGUUCUGGCUGGAUCGCUAACUAGAAGAGAGGAGGAUAUUAAAGCAGCCUCCUGCCAACUGCAUCCUAUUUCAAAUCUUCCAUACUCAGGGUUUAAAGUGUCAUGUCUGCCUCCAGCUUACUUAAUAGAACCAUGUUAAGGUUCAGAUAGCUUGUUCAAUGUACAUGGUGACGUUGCUUCAUUUAGAGCUGAGGAAGGGAAGGCUGGUUGGAAGAGCUUAAAAAAAAAACAAAAAACAAAAAAACCCCACCACUACGGAAACUUGGCAGGGACGUGACCUGGAUAAUAAGGGGCUUGCUUUCCCACGGUGAAUGUGAGAAGAAGUUGUACAGCACCGGUUUACAAGGCCAACUGUGAAACAUUGCUGUUGGACUGCAUAGAGAAAGUGGAAGGCAGGGUGUUUACUUUUAUGGAGAGAGUCCUAUAGAACUGGAGAGAGUGUGAACGUUUCCAGAGGCUGUUUGGCACACCCAUUCGAUUUUAACAGAAAAUGAUAGCCCAGCUCCAGAAUUGGAUAGGAUGGCUCAAACCUUCCCAGAAACGUGAGCUCUAGGUUUUUCGAUGGAAGCCAAUCUCAGACUCCAGCCCCCAUUCCGAUCUAGACAGCUUUCCCGGGGUAGGCUCUACUCCCUUGGAGAGUGGAGUAUCUGCAACCUGCGUUGAAAUAGGAUUCCUCUGUCUGGGUCCGUGUUUUUCCAUCCUCCUCCUUUUCCCCCUCUUCUUUCAGUGACAUUAGUCCCACCGGCGAGGGUGUGACUGAGCCGACAAAGCGGGCCCUCCCCAGGAAGUCUGGCUCAGAGAGCGCGGUGUUCCUGAGCCAGCCGGGCUCGUCCAUCCUUCACCUUGGGCGAGCCAGCGCCUGGAACGUGGCUGCGGCGGGGAGAGCUCACGCCGGUGGGCCGGGCUCGCGUGCCUGGGGCCGUGAUACCCUCCAGGGGGCGCCCUAGAGACCCCCAGUCCCGCGGAGCCGGGGCUCAGUCCGUGGGUUUGAAUUUCCUCAAGUCACCAGCCUGCAGCGGGCGAGCGAGGGGCCGGCCAGAGCGGGAGACGCCGGUUCGGGCGCAGCUGUCGGCGCGGGAGCAGCCGCGGCCUUUGGGAAACUUUCUUGGCCGGUCGGUGGCGAGCACCAAAGCGGGCUGGGCAGGAGCUCGGAGCCUGGCAGGCGAGCCCGGCGGCAGCGCGUGGGGCGGGCGGAGGAAACACCCUGCCCAGGACAGGAAACAAGUGGAGAAGUUGGACGUUUGCAACAGCUGACAGGAAGAUUCCCUGAGUCCUAGAGCAUUCAGCAAAAGGGAAAAAGGGACAACAAGAUGAUGAUCCCGAGAGGUGGCAGGAAAUCGUGACGAGACCUGUGAUUGUCAACAGGACAUCCAAGAUCCUCACCACACAUGACUAUGCCAGGCACUACAUUUCAAACACCCAACAUCUGCAGGGCUUUCUGAUCUGAAGGGCAAAGGGUUCAUCUACAUGAGGUUUUUCCAUAUCUGUUGGAGUUCAGUGGACCAUUAAUGUGCUUCUGCAUUAUUGUGAACAUGCUGAGAAUCUGCAAGGUUUAUCCUGUCUACUGAAGCUGGCAAACCCUACGCUCCGUCUUUCUAUGCCCUCUGUGGUAGACAGCUAAAUCAGCUGAAGGGAGAAGGGGGCCAGGUAAGCCUCCAGCCAACAGCUGGCAGCUGAGUGCCCAUCAGAACCCAAACCGUUUUGAGGUGCCUUGGUGGUGGUUUGCAGCACUGCAGAUAUGGACACUGAGCUUCUCUGGCACCUUCUUGCAUUGGCCUGGUCAACCUCACCAUGCUAGUAUAUGGGAAUGAAAACUUCCCCUCGGAUGUAGUUUACAUCAUCCUGGAACUGGUCAUUGCAGUGCUGGCCAUCUUGGGGAAUGUCCUGGUCUGCUGGGCAGUCUAUCUGAACAGCAACCUGCAAAACGUCACCAACUACUUUGUGGUGUCCCUGGCUGCAGCUGACAUUGCAGUGGGCGUGCUCGCGAUCCCCUUUGCCAUCACCAUCAGCACUGGCUUCUCUGCCUUCUUCUAUGGCUGCCUCUUCAUUGCCUGCUUUGUCCUGGUUUUGACUCAGAGUUCCAUCUUCAGUCUCCUGGCUAUUGCCAUUGACAGAAUCAUUGCUAUCCGGAUACCCCUCAGGUACAAUGGUUUGGUGACCAGCUCGCGAGCCAAGGUAUCAUUGCCAUCUGCUGGGGUCUUAUCCUUCAUCAUCGGCCUGACACCCAUGCUGGGCUGGAACAAAUGCUCUCAGAGGGAAACGCAGGACACCAAUAACUCCUCGUCCAGCAACUGCACUAAAAUCAUGGUAGCUUGUCUCUUCGAGACAGUGGUCACCAUGGAGUACAUGGUCUACUACAACUUCUUUGCCUGUGUGUUGGUGCCCCUCCUCCUCAUGUUUGGCAUCUACUUGAAAAUCUUUCUGGCAGCCAGGCGGCAGCUCAAACAGAUGGAGAACAAGAUGGUACAUGGGGAACGCUCACGCUCUACUUUGCAGAAGGAAGUCCAUGCAGCCAAGUCUUUGGCCAUCAUCGUUGGGUUGUUUGCCGUCUGUUGGCUUCCACUCCACAUAAUAAACUGCUUCACACUCUUUUGCCCAGGUUGUGCCCGUCCUCCCCUCUGGCUGAUGUACCUGGCCAUUAUCCUGUCUCAUGCCAACUCUGUGGUGAACCCAUUGAUUUAUGCCUACCGGAUCAGGGAAUUCCGACUCACCUUCCGUAAAAUUCUCAGGCAGCAUAUUGUAGGCAAGAAGCAGUUCAAGACUGGUACUGCCAGUACUAGGACUUCCACUUAUGGUGGGGAUGGAGAGAAUGCCAGCAUUAGGAUCAGUGAGUACGCUCUGAACAUAUACACCAAUGGGGAGUUGGGUGCUAUCCACAAAGAUACUGACAUGCAGGACUUGAGUAAAUGCAAGACAGGUUUGGAAUGGCACCACAAUGGGAAUUCACUAGACAUGGAGAUAAAUGGGUUUCUCCCACAUUCCUGCAAAAAUGGGAACCUUUCAGAUGCGUGCAGGAACAUGGAGCUUCUUAGUGAAGAGCUAAUUGGCAUUCGUGUCUCUUACUCUGAACUGGAGAAUUCAACCUUGGCGGCAGCUGACAUUUCCUGAUUCUCACAACGACUUCCCACUGGAAUGAAGUCUGUUGUUUUUUUUUGUUUUUUUUCUAUUGGCUGCCUCUGCUAUGGCAGAAAAGGAGAAUGAGGGGAAAAGAGGAGUGAGGCCAGGUCACUAUCACGUGGGGGGUCCCUACCCAGGACUGAUGGGAAGAUCCAAAGAACUAAACUGGAAAAAGAUCGAGAGGCACCGUUUUAAACAAAGGAAAAGGAGGGACACUAUAGGUGUCAAAGGCCCAGCUCAGAUUGAAGAGAGCAAAGAUCAAAUCUGACAUCAGAAUUUUAGCAUUGGGAGACUCUGCUCCAGCAGGGUGUGUUAUGACAUUAUGCUGUACUGUGUGUCUGUGAUUGUUCAUCAGUUUAAUGUCUUUACCAACAGAAAUAAAGGUAUGGCUGAAACAUUUACUACUUCCUCCUCAGGUACAUGGAUGGGGCUUUUAACACUGUGGCCUCUAACAAAAGUAGAGGGUAUAGCAGUGCCUGCUGGUCAGGAAAGAUGCCUAUGCUGCCUGGAUUCACUUGGUGGAACUUUCAGCAUCUUCAACUGAGAGAUUCUGUUUUAAAAUCAGUUUUUAAAACUUAAUAGUGCAACAGGUUUCCUGAUUUUUUGCUCACUGCUAGAUCAGUUAUGAGUUAUAUUCCAGUGAGCUGGAAUGUGGACAGAAGGUUUUACCUCCCAUGUUCCAUGGAGAUGGGCCACUGGGAAGUUACUUUUGCCAUUAUGUUGUCAGUUAUGAAUGUUUACAAGAGAGGGUGGCUCCAUCCAAGCCUACAGUGUCCCAGCUAUAUCCUGACACGUUGAAGCAAAGUGGUAACUAUAUUUCAGACCCUUCCAUUUCACUGAAAGAACAAUAUAUAUAUGAUGAUUUGAUAGUUCUGUUAGCCAAAGGGACACUGGCAGGUGUCUGUGUGCUGUGGGUAAUGGCAGGGCAGGGGCAGGUCUGUGUGGGAAGGGCUGAUCGGGUGGUGAUGGCAGGUUUUGUGAAUUGCUGGCAGGUGUGUUGGUAGCAGUGAGAGGUGACCACAGGCUGGUACUAUGUCUGUGGUUGCAAUGUCUUUGUGGGUGGUUCUUUCGUCUGUCUAUCUUUGUAUCUCUGCACCUGUGUAUGCAGAAUGCCCAUUCAUUCCACAGCCUUAGUUACGUUUUCUCUAGAAUUCUUCUUUUUGGUGAAAUUUAAUUUCUCAUCUUUCCUGAAAGUAAAAAUAACUUUUAAAACUGAACUUUGUUUUAAAGUCUGGAAUUCAAAUGAGCCCAAGUUCAUUAAAACCUUUUUUUCUAUAUUGUUUCAAACUACUCCUGGAAUCUGGUUAACCGUGAAGCUCUGUAGCAUGUGGGUGUGCAUUACAAAUGAGUGUGCGUGCAUAUGUGUGCACCAGUAGAAGUGGGGGGCAUGUGAGUGCAGUUUGAGAGAGAGAGAGAGAGAGAAGCUUGUGUUUCAGAGAACUGGAAAACAACCACCCUGAUCUUUGUAGACAUAGCAUUAGCCUUGCCUGCCUGUCUGAUAGACCACGAUCUAAUCUGUCUCUAAUACAGGGUACGUGACAGUAUGGUGCAUUACAAAGGGUUUUUACAUGCAUUUGGAAUGGCCUCUUGUAACUGGUGAAGCCACUCAUCCUAAAGGGGGCCAAUAAAAUCUUUAUCCAAGCCCAACCAGCUUGUAUGCUGCAUCUGCCAUGUAUGGUUACGAAAAAAAAAACCAACCGAUUCCAAAGAUCACCUAAAAUAGCUAUUACUGUAACACUGGUGGUGGAAAAAAGUCUAUCACAGGGCCUUCUGGGCUAGAGGCAAGUGCCAUCUGUCCCAUUGGAAACCUAGGAAUCUCCCCUUUCCAAUGAUCCAUUCUUUGACCCUGAAGCAUUUAUAUAUCUCCUCUCAAUCCUGUCACAGGUCCAGGUCUGAGCAUUGGCCAUCCCAGACCUCAGAUCAGGGUAACUUUUUUUGAAGGGAAAGAUUCUGAAAUUUGGGGACAAGAGAAGGAAAACCAAUGCUUAUUCUUCUUCAUUCCUUAUUGACAAGCUAUUUAAAGGGAAUUUUCUUUCCACUGUGCUCCCUGGGUGAAUGGGGGUGGGAGGGUUGGUGUAUGACUCUGGAGAGAGUUUAGCAGUGAAACUCCCAGGCCAGUACAGGGCUUUCAACAAGUACGUCUGUCAGACAGAUAAAGUUACUUUUGUCACCAAAGAGCUCAGCAAAAAGACAAGGCAAGUAUUAAAACAGGGGUUCUCAAACUGGGGGUUGGAACCCCACAGGGGGUCGCGAGGAUAUUACAUGGGGGGGUCAUGAGCUGACAGCCUCCACACCAAACCCCACUUUGCAUCCAGCAUUUAUAAUGGUGUUAAAUAUAUAAAAAAGUGUUUUUAAUUUAUGGGGGGGGGUCGCACUCAGAGCUUGCUAUUUGAAAGGGAUCACCAGUGCAAAAGUUUGAGAACCACUGUAUUAAAACAAUAGACAUCACAGUCCAGUUGAAUCAGUUCCUUUUUGGCAUGAGUCUUCCAUGUAGUCUCUCAGAGGAAUGUAUUAUCAGGCUCCAUAGCUUGCACUUGGGAUUUUAUUACUCGUGAUCUUUCCUGGUGGAUAUAUUCCUCUAUGCUAUGUGGGGAUUGUGCAUUUGUAACCUUCCAGCAGUGGAGGAAUACAUGAAGGUCUCUGAUGUUUUCAGAACUCAGUUAGGCGCUGAAAUGCUACUAAGAAUAACACAAGAUGACAUCCUGCUUUCAUAUCAAACAAUUAGGUCCACACAGAAGCAAAGCAGGGAAGGAAGUGUGGGAAAAUAUCAGCAUUGCUCAUGUGCUGGAACACACACAAGUUCAGAAAGUGUGUGCUGUCACGUUCUGGUGGCUGUCACUCUGGGAUCUGCCUGAUGCUGUAUUACAUCAAAGAACCAACACAGGCUGGCUGCCUUCCACUUCUCCCCGAGCUUCCUCACACCCAAACAUGCAGCUUGGUUACUACAAGGACAGAGUUGAUCUAUGUGGGUUUAACAAACUUGGGGGGUCCCACUGGAAAACACUCCAUCCUAACUGGGUUGUCAUAUAAGCUCACUUGGUCUUCAGCGGUCUUGGAAUUGGCUCCAGUAUUGCUGUUCAGGGCAUUCAACCAGCUGUGUCAAAUGCUCUUUCAUUGUUAACAUCCAGAGCUGAAAGGAAACGGGGUCUCCCUAGCCCCCAAAGCUGAAGGGAAGCUGAGGCUGGGAUUGAUUCAUGGGUUGUGGGCAGGACUGGGGGAGCUUGCACUAGAUCGGCAUCCCUUCCCCAGGCAGAGGGCAGCUCAGCUUGUAAGGAUUUAGGGAUGAUGCAAGCUGCUUGGGGCAGGGACCAUCUUUUGUUCCGGGUUCAUACAGCACGUACCCCAUUGGGUUCCUGGUCCAUGAUUGGGAUUUGUAGGUACUAUGAUCAUCAUCAUCCAGAAGAGAUGACUAGGAGAUGACAUGGAACCCAUUAGAUUACACCCGUCUGUCUUUUGGCUGAUAUGUAUUCGAGGUAGACCUUCAGGAUAUCUUGCUGGGGAAAUGUCAGACAAGCAGAUGAGGGCUGCCAUGCUCAGGAGCACUGGUUGGACACAAGUGUCCCUAUUCUUACUGGACAAUGUUAAAUGGGCAAUCAAUAGCUUUAGGACCCAGCGUUGCUAGCACAUACUGACAUUGACAGCAAACUCCACAGACACAGUAUUGGACUCCCUGUCAAGGUGCUGCCAACCCUAAGCACUGAAAAAUCAUCAGUCAGGCCCCCAAAUACUACAAGAUUUUUAAAAAACAGGGCAUUUUGGGUUCUGUUUAUUUGCCUUCCUCUUUUUGAUCCUUUUUCAGAUUCAUGUUUUCAGGUUUGUCUCCAUAUUUGUGAAUUAGAAACACAGAUUUUAAUGUGAGAAUGUGACUCCAGGAGCUGAGGCUGUAGCAAAACCAUCACACAUUGUGAGGCUCUUUAUUUGAUUGUGAUUGGCAACACUGGGCAUUACCAUCGUAAUCUGAUGGCUGUUUAGGCUGAGAGUCUGAGGAGAGCCAGAGAAGAGGAGCUCUGUGCAAAGUAUAUGUUUUUCUCCUGACUCUUCUAUCUGUCCUUUUCAGCUAUCUAUCUGUUAUACCACUCUUCUCUCAACUUCAAAAAUCAGUGGUCAAUACAAAGGUCAAAGAUGCUGUGCUUCUCCCCCUCCCACAUUCUCCUCACUUCCUUUGAAGUGGAGAAUGGUUAGCUGAUGAAACACAGCUGUUCUGAAGAAGAGAAGGAACCUGGGGUGGGGAAGCAUAGAGGUGGCAAUCAGAGAAGGAGCAGGAGAAGAAUAACUCUUAGGGAAGCCAAGAUGCAGGGGACUGGGCCAAUGGGAAGGAGGGAGGGCCUAGCAGGAGUCUGUUCCAGUUCAGUGAAACUAUUCUUCUAAAAAUGUCCCUCUCCCCACAGAGAGAGCUAUCUAGUGUCUGAUUCUGUGUGAGGAAGAUUCCAUGAAUUUCAUCAUUCCCAAGAGACUAGCAAAUUCCAGGGUUUAUUUGCCUUGCACAGUUUUAGACGAGGUUCUGGCUGGUUGCGAGGAUUGACUUUAUCAAGAGCCAUUCUUAGGGCCUUUUGCUUGAUAGCGUGCUGUCUGGUUUUGUGUGCACAAUGCGUCACAACUUUAUUCUGUAUAGCAUGGUUCAGACGGACUGUGUGAAUAGUACAAUUGCAGAGUUAAAUAGCAGAAAGCUAUGUAUCGACAAGACCAAGAUGUUUCAAUGACAGAUGACCCUUGAAAAUUGGUGGAAAGAAACAGGAAGAGCUAUUUCAGACAAUGAGUGUUUACCAAUGAAUUUGUAAUUUGUGCUGGUCAGUGAGUGAAUGCUUGUGUUUAGGGAGAUUUUGGA